AUGGAUGUCAAACCGCAGCGCCCCCUGCGCAGCAUACGCGUGAAGAAUGACGAGAAUCUUCCUCCUGACGGCCAUGCCACCAAGACGAUCCACCACCGAAACAAAUCGUCUCCUGCGCUCACAAGUCUGUCUGGGGAUCAAGGGCUAAAAGCCGCACCCAAACGAACCGCUUUUGGGGACGUUAGCAACAUCGCGGCAGCCGCAAGACCCAGCAAAGAUGAUUCAAUCCUUCACACAAAGGCGGGCCUGCAACCUACGGUCAGAUCGGUCCAGCCGCUGUACGAGAGAAAGUCCAUGGGACUCAUGAGACCACAAAGACCCCGUUCAGUGUCGACUCUAAAGAACAUCAUCACAGGCACAAAUGCCAAUGUCAACUCAGAACACUCUCAGGUGUCCACGUCGGAGGUCAUACAUGUCCCAUCGCAGGCUGUGGCCACGAAGAAGACAUUGAUCAAACGACAUACAACGAUCUUCAAAGACUCUCGGUUGGGUGCAGUCCAAGAGACAGACGCCUCACUCUCAAACACAACCGGUGCAACUCUACCAAUCACGAAACACCCAGAGGCAAAGGAGAGUGAAGCUGUCUCGGUGAAGCUCAAUGGCAUCCCCCAGCCUUGUCUGCUCCCACCCCACUCACAAAUCCUUGCCGAGCCGGUUAAAGAGAUUGAAGAGCCUCAGACGGAACUCAGUUUGCCAGGGAUUGAUGAGGUCAGCUUAGGCACUGGCUUGUCUAGCGAGCUAGACAAUGAGACAGUGCUGAAGGAGACUGUUGCUGCCAUCUCAGAACCCUCUGGCUAUCUUGUUACUGUACGACAACAACUAGGCGAUGUAGCCUCUGACUUCCAUGCGCCUCAGUCACAUGCGGGCGUCACUGCAGUUGACAAACAUGACGUUCAUCAGAUCCCUGUUGCAAAGCUUGCUAACCCGGUCGAAGCGGUACCUUCUCUGAAUCCUCAUCAUACCUACAUCCAACGACCGGUAGAACAGGAAGAAUAUUGGGAUGAGGAAGAUGACGAAAACUACGAAGAGGAAGACUACGUGACAGCCAGGUCAUUUCGGUCUAGAGGCGAAAAUACUACUGGCGCAGCCACGGCUGUCCUCUUCCCUCAAAUGAACCAGCGCGCGAGGAAGGAGAUCUCGGCUGCGAAACAGUUGGUCGAGGCCACUCGAUCUCCGGAGGAAGUAGAAGAUGAAAGCUACGACACUAGCAUGGUUGCUGAAUAUGGAGACGACAUUUUUGAGUACAUGAAACAGCUCGAGCUGAAGAUGCUUCCGAACCCGCAUUACAUGGAGAAUCAACACGAAAUCCAGUGGUCUAUGCGCUCCGUAUUGAUGGAUUGGCUUGUCCAAGUGCAUCUCCGCUUCAACCUGCUCCCGGAGACAUUGUUCCUCUGCGUCAAUUACAUCGAUCGCUUUCUAUCCUGCAAGAUCGUGUCACUGGGCAAGUUGCAGCUGGUUGGGGCCACAGCCAUCUUCAUCGCGGCCAAGUAUGAGGAAAUCAACUGCCCUUCCGUGCAGGAGAUUGUCUACAUGGUCGAUGGCGGUUACAGUAUGGACGAGAUCCUCAAAGCCGAACGCUUCAUGCUCACGAUGCUUCAAUUCGAACUCGGCUGGCCUGGUCCGAUGAGCUUUUUGCGCAGAAUCAGCAAAGCCGAUGAUUACGACCUGGAAACGAGAACUUUGGCCAAGUACUUCCUUGAGGUGACCUUGAUGGAUGAGCGAUUUAUUGGCAGCCCUCCCAGCUUCACAGCUGCAGCUUCACACUGCCUUGCACGUACCAUGCUACGCAAGGGAACAUGGAGUGCACACCAUGUUUAUUACUCCGGGUACACUUACUCGCAGCUCAAACCCCUGGUUCAUCUUCUACUGGAGUGCUGUGACGAUCCGCGCAAACACCACAGUGCCGUUUUUAACAAGUACUGCGACAAGCGUUACAAACGAGCAUCGGCUUUCGUCGAGACGGAAAUGCAAAGAGGCUUCCGACUGCCCGAUCCAGCUGCAAUGUUAUCCUUACCUCAGCCAGCGAUGGCUACCUACUACGACGGGGUCUCUUAUUUCCGGGCCUAG